AUGGCUAAUCAAGAGGAAAUGUGGUCUGAUCAGUCUGAGAGGAAAACAACGAGGCAGGUAGCCAAACACCCUGAGAGUCAGUCAUCCAGCUACAUACCCAGCCAGUCAGCUGGCAAGUUUGGCAGUGGAUUAGUCAGUCAUGUCCACAGCAGAGACCUGAUCCACUGCACCAAUGAGCUGAACGUCAGCAUCCCCCACCUGGCAGACACACUGCUGGAGCGCACAGCCAGCAACAGCUGGAUAGUGGUUUUCAAAGCGCUCAUCACCACACACCACCUCAUGAUGUACGGCAACGAGAUUCUGCAGACUCUAUCCAGCACCUUGUCCAGUGCAGUGUCCUCUCUCUCCAGCACUGGGAUCUCUCUCAGCCGUAUGGACGACAAGACAGAAGACAAUAGGCUGCAGCAACACAAGGAGGACGUUCAUAAGGUGAUCGACAUUCAGACACCCAAUGUGUCACCAAGCACCCAGUCAGUGGGCAGUGCCAACAGCAGCGGAGGGGCCACAGAUCUCUUCUCCAACUCACCCAUCGUAACCGUCAACAACCAUGUGCCAAACCUGACCAGUGAGCUGUUCACCCUGCAGCCAAACUUCACCCCCAUCCAGACCACACACACUGUGCCCAACAAUAACAAUGCCUGGGGAGGUGACCUGCUAAAGCCAGCUCCACCCACUCAGAUUCACAGCCCUGGAGCCCCAUUGCACUCUGGGAAAAUGCUGCCCAAUGAUUUGGACUCUUCAUUAGCCAACCUCGUUGGCAACCUGCAGUUUGGGGGUCCAGCUAAAAAGCCGGAGCUCCAGUGGAGUCAGCUGGUAGAGAAGAAGCCAACAGGAGGCAGUGGCUGGCAGUCAAAGACCAUGUGCACCAGCACCAACUGGACUCACACCACCCAUCCCAUGGCACCUGCACCCAUGCCCGUCCCUCAGAUGAAUGGGAUGAUCUAUACUGGCUAUGCUCCAGCACCAAUGGCUUUUCCUAUGACGACACCCCAAGUGCCUGUGUAUGGAAUGCUCCCUCCUCAGAUGAGUCAUCAGAUGGGGGGCGUUCCCAUGAUGCCCCCACAGCCUGUCAUGUACAACCAGCCUGUCCUGAGACCCACCAAUCCCUUUGGGCCCAUCCCGGGGACACAGAUGCACUUCAUGUAGGAUGAUGUUGUAACCAUGGCAGCAAAGCCGAGAGAGAGAAGGCGAGAGGAAAGAGAUGGAGAGAAAGAAUCGAAGAAAACAAAUCCAGAACCAAAUCCAGCGGCGGAGGAAGAAAGAAGACAGAGAGGAAAAGGGAGGGGAGAGGAAUAGGGCGAGAGGACCAGAGGACGGAUAAAAGAAGAAAUGCUGAUGUCUGUUUCCAUGUCGCCUGACCCUCUAAUCUCCUCUCCUCUCUCCAUGUGGCUACUGAUCUCUCUGUCUUUGAAUCUAUUAUGCCGAGGCACCAGAGGCUCCGCAUCAAUCCCAACUCAUUUGCCAAUUCAAGCGGCGAUUACGACCUGCGAUGACGCUACGAAGACUGACAGCUCUAUGGAAGUGCAGAAGCUCUAUUGCCACUUACUGACCUCCUCAUCCCGAUAAUUUCCUGUACAAAAAAAACUUACCCACUUCCCUCUCCAUCCCACAACCGAAUCAAACUCGGAGGACACGCGUCUCUUUCUCUGAUUGGAUUGUUUGCUGGCACUUUAUUCAAUGUGAACUUUGCCAAGGGUGUAUGUCUGUGUAGGUGAUUUUAGCAUCUUGUUCAGAUUGGUUCCCCCCAGUGAGUGUCAUCCAUCACCUGAUGUCAGAUGUAAUUGAUUUGAAUGCGUGUGUGCGUGUUCCUUUUUCUACAUUUCAAUGUGCUGCAUCAACAUUACCUUUUGAGUCUUUUUAUGAGCUCCAUUUGUUCUUAAUUGCCAACUUCACAUCAAGAAUCCGGCGUGGAACGAUAAUUUUGCAGACACGCUUGUGUGUGCGCGUGUGUGUGUGCGUGUGUGUGUGGAUGGACGUGGCUGUGUAGGGUGUGUACUGUGUUUCUCUUUUGGUACCUGAUGUCAUUACUGUGUUGCCAGGUACCAAUGUGUUACUGCACUGGAACUAACUGAUGAAAGCACUGAGCCAGACCCAGGCAUCGCAUUUGGAUGUAAAACCUCUUACACUAACUUUGCUACUUGGGGACGUGCUGUACACACUGUGUAUUUUUGUUUCUUUUUUUGCUCCUCUACAGCUGUGCAAUAUCAUGCAACCUCUUACUGUCUUCUCCACCCAUCUGUAGGCUGUUUAGAAGCUGUUUCCUGCUGUCGUGUUGUACUUCUUGUGUGUCCACAUCAGGUUUCUGUACAAAAAGCUGUUGUUUUCUGUUUUAUUUUUUAAACCUGUUCUGUUAUACCCGUACUGCUCUAAAAGUAGUGACAAAUGCACUGAGAGCCAGAUAGAGAGGUGACUGGAUAUUAGUAAGGAGGCAAGUAUCAGUCUGACCAAUCAAAAAUGGUCUAAUUCCCAACUGUAUGAUGUCCUUCCUGUCCUGAGCAUUCGUCCUGUCUCAAAUUAGUCUCCAGUGAAGUCCUUUACACUCCAGAAAAAACUGGAUAAGGGUAAUUAGCGCAGCAUGUCUCACCUUCUCUUGGAGGAAAAAGACACUGCUUACACAGAGAGGGGUUUGUUAAUGUAGUGUUAACAUUUAUGGACAGGACAGCUAAAGGUCAGUCAGAGGAGUCAAAUGAGGACCAGACCGUUGGAAAGCAACUGAGGGUAAUGUCUGUCAAUCACGACCCUAGUAAUGCCUGCAGUGACGACGUACAGAUUAAUUCAGACAGAGACGGGAGGCUUAAAUGAGACGUUAAAUGUUAAUGUGGCUUUUCUGGCCGAUCCAAGGUCAAGUUAGACCCACAGACAGACGAUAUAUAUAUAUAGCACAAACCUUCGAAGAGGGGACAAACGCUCUGCUGCACAAAAACCUAAAAUCAUUGCUGGGAUGUACAGUUGAAAGGGGCAAUAAUCGAUUGGGGAUGAAGUCGUUUUCUAUUGAUUGUGUCUGUUCAGUAUGUACAUGUACUGUAUGUGUGUUUGUGUGCACAUGCCUUCCCAUAGAGAUAAACAGGGUCAUGUUCCUCCGUUAGAGAUGAAAGGUCUCUAGUGAGCUGGUAGCGUGUACUAACUUAGCAGUGAGUGUUAUUGUAACCGUGUCUCAGUCUGUACAACCCAACAUCAAAUUAAGGAGGCUCUAGGAUCACUCAUCUGCUAUAAAAAGCAAAACAACAACAAAAAAAAAAAGCCCCCAGUCAUUGGACCUGGAAUCUCAAAGCGAAUCUUGAGGCGAAACCUCUCCAGACAGCUGGAGCUGCACACGCUGGCGAUUCCCAACAAAUCGUCAGAGAAUUGCGACUGUAUGGUGGCGUAUCGUUGCAAUUCACCCUUGAACUGUAACUGCUGGCUACGCAAAAACCAAUCUUCCUGCAGCUACGACUCUACUACCAGCAGAGCGAGACUUCAGUGUUAGAAAUCGUCACCAAGCAGGCAGAUAUUCUCUGACUUUUCUUAAAUAAGAGGCCAGCUGACAUUUGGAUAUCUCCUUUGGAAAAAUUGUCGUUUUCACUCUCCUCCAUUACUUGUCGUUCAGUGGUUUGUCUUUCUCCGUCAGCUGAAUGCUCUUUUCAUUGUGCACUUCAUUCCCACGACGCAGCUCGAUCCAUCCUGGGCCAACCUCUGACUGUUACUGUGUCCUCUGUAUAUAGGUAAUGCCGUUCAUGUGUUUUUAGACGUGCUCUCUCUGUAAAGUGAUCGAAGCCCCAUUGGAUGACGUACUGUACGUGGGACAAUUUAUUGCUGUAUCUGUGUUUGAAUGGUUGUAUUUUGAAGGUGUCAUCA